AGAAUGUCAAUUCCCACUUAUUAAUCAUAAACAAACGUGUCUUAGUGACAACUGUAACCAAACAAUCUCCGUUGAAUUGAAAGUUUGUUUUUUAUUUUUGUAAAGAUGCUAGAAAGCCCAUAAAGCAAAUUAUCCGGAAGCUAUGGGUGACCACAACACAAAUCAGCAGCCUUCAUAUCCAUUUAAUAAUGGAUAUCACUACAGUCAGCCCAACCAUUUCCUUCCUACCAUGCACUAUAAUUUUCCUCCACCUUCUUUCCAUGAAAUGAAUAUCCCACCUCCAUCUCUGCCGUUAGGAUGUGAAUUCCAGCAGCCACCACCUUUUGCACUUGCCCCACACGCACUACAGUCAAGUUAUCCACCAAUGCCUGAUUCCUUUACUCCAAGCUAUUCUCAAGUCAACCACUAUCCAACUGGUCAAUAUCUUCCACUACAGCAACAUGUACCAGCUUGGAACCCUGGGCAGAGUCAUGCUACACAACCAUUGAUUUCGAGACACCAAGGACCAUAUUCAGGCCACAAGCCAGUGUCAAAAAGGCCACCGUCCAGUAGAGCAAGUGAAAAGCCAGCAGUACCGCGAUCGAGUUCUUUGGCUACUGGAAGGUCUGAGCAUAGAAAGACGUCUCAAUAUUCUACUUACGAAGAGGAACAUAUCACUGAGCCAGAUCAGUAUUCUAGCAUAACUCCUGAAGAAAUCAUGGAAAAUGAGAGAAAAAUAUGGACUAGAUGUGCACCUGCCGAUCUCUACUACACCCGCGAUGUGGCGAACCCUCGGUUGAUGCAUGGCACUGAUAAAUUGAAGAUUACCAUUAAUCAGUUUAAUAAUGACCUUCUUAAACGUGGAGACGAAGCGCGGACGAUGCAACCCAAAUUUGACUAUCCUUCUCGCAAGACUAGGAAACACGGUUCACACUGCGGUGGGCCUUGUAAAGAGAAAGCCAAAAUGACUUGUGAGUCUGAUUCAAGUACCUCCGAUUCAUCGUCAGAAGAAGAGGAUGAAGUCGAUUUGGUUCUCCAAGAGUUGGAAAGAAAAAAACAGCAUCCGGCUCGACUUCAUCCUGAGCUGUGGUAUAAUGACCCUGGUGAAAUGAAUGACGGUCCGCUAUGUCGCUGCAGCUUUAAAGCACGUCGAACUGGCAUCCGACAUGGAAUUUACGCAGGAGAAUCGUCAGCCAUGAUUUGUGACCGUAACUCGAAUAAUGGGAACAUUUUACAUCACUAUCGAGUUACAAUUUCCCCACCAACGAAUUUCCUCUUAAAACGACCGACGGUUAUUCAUCACGAUGGACACGAGUUUAUUUUUGAAGGUUUCUCGCUUUUGUCCCAUUAUCCACUUAACAAAGUACCUACCUGCAAAGUCAUUCGUUUUAACAUCGAGUAUACGAUUGUCUACAUCAAAGAAAAAGUCCCGGAUAAUUUUACAAUUGAGGAACUGGAGUUAUUUAGUCAAUAUUUGUUUCACGAGUUACUUGAAUUAGUCGAUUUUAACCUUCACGCAGCCGGGGAUGUCAAUGGUUGUCCACAGUUUCACAUCCUUCCUCGUUUUGUAAGAGACUUGCCCGAUCAUGGCAAGGAGAUGUUGUCGAUGAACCAAGUACUAAUGUAUCUGUUUCAACAAAACGUACCUGUGGUAGAUGACACGGAGUUGGGUUACCAGCUCAAAUUACCUCAGCAUGAAUGGCAAAAUAUGGCAGAUUUUACAAAAGGAAUGAUUGUCACGAAACCAGGAGCCAAACCUUGUUCAUUAAGAGUAGACCAACUUGAUCGCGACCAACUACGAGCUGAUGUCAUUAGCUACCCGGAGAUCGUUCAUUUUGGUAUACGGCCGCCUCAGUUGAGUUACGCUGGUAAUCCCGAGUAUCAAAAGGCAUGGCGGGACUACGUAAAAUUUAGACACCUGUUGGCUAAUAUGCCAAAGCCCUCGUUUGAAGACAAGCGUAAAUUGGAAGCAAAAGAAAACAGGCUUCAGGAAAUGCGACUUCAAAAUAAUAUGAAACGUGAUGUAACGGUGGCCGUCUCUAGUCAGGGAUUCUAUCGUACUGGAAUUAUGUGCGACGUUGUUCAACACGGAAUGUUGCUUCCAGUUCUAGUUUGUCACUUGCGCUUCCACAAGUCACUAGAUGUGCUUGAAGAAAGGAUUAAAUAUCGUUUUAAGAACCGAUAUUUGCUACAGCUUGCUCUUACUCAUCCCUCAUACCGAGAGAACUUUGGCACCAAUCCGGAUCAUGCUCGCAACUCAUUGACCAAUUGUGGCAUCCGUCAGCCAGAAUAUGGUGACAGACGUAUUCAUUACAUGAACACUCGAAAACGUGGAAUCAAUACUUUGAUCAACAUCAUGUCCCGUCUUGGCAAAAAACAGGAGACGGAGUCUAGCAUCACUCACAAUGAAAGAUUAGAAUUCCUCGGAGAUGCUGUGGUCGAAUUCUUAGCUUCCAUUCACCUUUAUCACAUGUUUCCUGACUUAGAAGAGGGAGGUUUGGCAACCUAUCGAGCAGCCAUUGUCCAGAACCAACACCUUGCUCAGUUAGCCAAAGAACUUCAGCUGGAUCAAUUUAUGCUGUAUGCCCAUGGCUCGGACCUGUGCCACGACUUGGAACUGAGGCACGCAAUGGCCAAUUGUUUCGAAGCACUCAUGGGAGCACUUUUCCUUGAUGGUGGAAUUUCAGUGGCUGACAAAGUAUUUUCCAACACGCUCUUCAUGGAUGAAAAAGACCUUUUGGACGUUUGGGUUAACUAUCCACCUCACCCAUUACAAGAGCAAGAAUUAGGAGGUGAUCGUAAAUGGAUAUCUUCCUUUCCACUAUUACAAAAGAUGGUUGAAUUUGAGGAGUCAAUUGGAACAGAGUUCACUCAUAUUCGACUUCUUGCACGCGCGUUCACCGACCGCAGCAUUGGUUUCAACAACCUCACCCUAGGAUCUAACCAGCGAUUGGAGUUUCUAGGCGACACCGUCCUCCAAUUGAUUGCAUCAGAAUAUCUUUAUAAAUUCUUCCCGGAACAUCACGAGGGACAUUUAUCUUUGCUACGAAGUUCUCUUGUUAAUAAUCGAACACAAGCAGUUGUUUGUGACGAUUUAGGGAUGACCAAUUAUGCCCUCUAUUCAAGUCCAAAAGCGGAACUUAAAACAAAAGACAGGGCCGAUCUACUGGAAGCCUUUUUGGGUGCACUAUAUGUGGACAAAGGAUUGGAAUAUUGUCAAACCUUUUGUCAGGUCUGCUUUUUUCCUCGUUUACAAGAUUUCAUUCUUCAUCAAGACUGGAAUGACCCUAAAUCAAAACUUCAACAAUGCUGUCUAACGUUGCGCACAAUGGAUGGCGGUGAGCCGGACAUUCCAGUCUACAAAGUGAUUGAAUGCAAGGGUCCCACCAAUACGCGGGUCUAUUCCGUUGCUGUUUAUUUUCGGGGAGUUCGAUUGGCGAGUGCAUCCGGGCAUAGCAUCCAACAAGCGGAAAUGAAUGCAGCUAAAGAAGCUCUUGAAAAAUCAAAAGAUCUCUUCCCGCAAUUGAAUCAUCAGAAGAAAGUUAUCGGCAACACUACCAGUGUACCUAGCCGCAAAACUGGUUCUAGUUACGCUUAUGCAGACGAAGAAGGAGAGAUAACUCCCUAACGAAAUGCUAUAUGCAAAACUGGCAAAUAUUCUCUUUUUGAUUUACACACGAAGUAAUAAAACUUAUUACUUCAAGAGAAUGUUUGUCAUCUAAUUGCUUCUUAAUUUUAAAAAGAGUUUUUGGGAGAUUCAUCAGUAAUCCAAGAAAAUGUUUAACAGUUUAAGUUCUGUAUCAAAGCCAUCGCAAAUGUUCCACCGAUGACAUUCUUUUUCUUACACAUUUUUCGCAAUUGGAAAAAUACAGGGGGCCCAGAA